UGACGCACAGCCCUCCGUCCUGACGCUCGUGACGUCAGACGCAGCCGUACUCGCGCAGCUCCGAUGUAAACAUGACACUUCCAUGAGACGCGCUUCAACAUGGUUUUCGAGAGCGUGGUGGUCGAUGUCCUCAACAGGUUUCUGGGGGAUUAUGUGGUCAACCUCGACUCGUCACAGCUGCAGCUCGGCAUCUGGGGAGGUGAUGCCAUUCUUAAAAAUCUUGAAAUCAAGGAAAAUGCUCUGAGUCAACUUGAUAUUCCCUUUAAAGUAAAAGCCGGUCACAUAGGGAGACUGGAGCUUAAAAUUCCCUGGAAAAAUCUUUACACACAGUCGGUGGAAGCGACACUGGACGGGGUGUACCUCCUCAUCGUCCCCACAGCGAGUAUAAAAUAUGACGCGGAGAAGGAGGAAAAGCAGUUCCUCGAGGCUCGACAGAGGGAGCUCCAGAGGAUCGAGGAGACCAAACUCAAGGCGGCCGAACAGGAAAACCCCGGUCUGGAGAAACAGGACACGUUUGUAGAGAAGCUGGUCACUCAGGUCAUCAAGAACCUGCAGGUGAAGAUCUCCAACAUCCACGUCCGAUACGAAGACGACGUCACAAACCCAAACUGCCCUCUGUCGUUCGGAGUGUCUCUGGAAAACCUCAGUCUCCAGACUGCGGACCAGAACUGGAGACCCACUCUGCUGGACGAGAAGGCCAAGCUGUUUUUUAAGCUGGUUAAACUGGAUAACCUGUUCGCCUACUGGAACGUCAACUCUGUGCUUUUCUCUACUCAUCACUCAGAGGAGGCCCUGCAAUGUCUAAAGAACAGCAUGAAAAGUAACAACAAUUACCCCGUCACCCAUGACUUCAUUUUCCGUCCGAUCUCGGCCGAUGCCAAACUGAAAAUGAACCCCAGGUCAGACGUGGACUUCUCCUCCCCUAAAGUCGACCUCAUGGUCAAUCUGAGAGAGGUGGCCAUCGAACUCAACAGACCACAGUACAUCAGUAUCCUGGAGCUGCUCGGUUCGGUGGAUUUGAUGUCCAGAAAUCUGCCCUAUAGGAAGUACAGACCACUCGUCCCAGUUCAUCACAACUGCAAAAUAUGGUGGAAGUACAUGAUAACGAGCGUCCUGGAGGUGGACGUGAAGCCCCGCCUCCACAUGUGGUCCUGGACUCGGAUUCGUCAGCACCGUCAGAUGGUCAAAAAAUACAAAGAACAGUACAAAACUAAGAUCACCUCCAAGAAGCCCAGCGAGGAUCUGCUCCGGAGGCUACAGGAGCCGGAGAAGACGCUGGAUAUUUUUAACAUCACAUUAGCCAGACAGCAGGCCGAGGUGGAGGCGAGUAAAGCCGGCCUGAAGAUCUACCGCCCGGGACUGAAGAUGGAGGAGGAGGAGUCUCAGGGCUGGUUCGGCUGGAUGUGGAACUGGGGCGGGCAAAGUGAGGCCGAGGUCAAGGAGGCCAAGAGCGGAGGUUUUGACGAGCUGCUGACUCCCGCUGAAAAGUCCAAACUCUACACAGCCAUCGGUUACAGCGAGACGGCCGCCAACCCGAACCUGCCCAAAGACUUCGAGGACAUGAUGGUGAAUUUCCACAUGGAGAAACUGUCCGUAUCCAUCAAAGACGACAAGGACAAGAACGAGAUCAUCCGUCUGACCGUGGGAGAGCUGCAGUCCCAGCUGACGCAGAGGCCGGGGGCACAGGCCAUCAAACUCACGGCUCAGCUCACUCUGUUCGAGGUCACGGGCCUGGCCAAUCAGCACCCGGCUCCCACGCUGCUGUCGUCCAGGAAGGCGGCAACGGGGGCGGGGACUCCUCUGCUCUGCAUCCUGUUUGAGACCAACCCCCUGGACGAGAGCGCCAACCAGAGGCUCCACGUGACGUCGCAGCCCCUCGAGAUCAUCUACGACGCAACCACAGUGAACGGGAUGGCAGCGUUCUUCAGACCUCCAGACGACCUGGAGCUGGACGAACUCACCAACGCCACUCUGAUGAAGCUGGAGCAGUUCAGGGACCGCACAGCCACCGGUCUGAUGUACGUGAUCGAGACGCAGAAAACCCUGGACCUGAAGGUGAACCUGAUGGCCUCUUACGUCAUCAUCCCGCAGACCGGUUACUAUGACAACACUCAAAACAUCCUGCUGCUCGACCUGGGACACUUCAAGAUGUCGAGUCAGAGCCGGAAGCACCUGCCGCAGCUGUCCGUCACCUGCAGCAACAUCGAAGACAUCAUGUCCAGAGCGUACGACAGCUUCGACAUCCAGCUCAGCAGCCUGCAGUUCCUCUACAGCAAACCAGAUGGAGACUGGAAAAUGGCUCGUAAACAGAAGGAGUCUCCGCUGCACAUCCUGGAGCCGGUGGAUCUGAAGGUGGUGUUCAGUCGGGCCAUGGUGGUCAAAGACUCGCGCAUGGCCAAGUACAAACUGUCCGGACAGCUCCCGCGUCUCUCUCUGCGGAUUUCCGAUAACAAACUGCGCAGCGUCCUGGAGCUGGUGGACAGUAUCCCCCUGCCCGAGAGCCGGCGUCCCGCUCGCUCCAACCCACAUCAGGGCUCCAUCAAGCCGAGGUCGUUCACUCCUCAGCUCACUCACAGACGCCCGCUGAGCCUGGCCGACCAGCGCUCCUCUGUCAUCUUUGAGUCGUGUGAGACCAUCUCCAGCCUCACCUCACUGGGCUCGGAGGAGGACCUGUUCUACGACGCUCCCUCCUCUCCUCUGGACGAUAAACCCUUUUUCCCUGACGAUCCCAGGCCUCUGCGCUCCAUCAGCAAAAAGAGCAGCCUGCAGGACGACGGCAAGAAGAACAUGACCGACCUCAUACUCAAGUUUGAAAUCGACAAGUUCUCGGUGGAGCUGUGUCGACUCUCUGAGGCGGUGGAGGUCACUGUGCUGCUGCUGGAGGUGGAGGGUCUGGGCACAGAACUGAAGCUCAGGACAUUUGACAUGACGUCCAACACCUACCUGAAGGAGAUCUGCCUCAAGUGCCCCGAGUACAUGGAUUCCGAGGCCAAAGAGGUCCAGCUCAUCACCACACGAGACAACUGUGAGGAGGACCUGCUCACGCUGGAGUACAUCAAGGCGGAUAAAAACGGCCCCGAGUUCAAGUCUCUGCACAACAACACGGAGCAGAUGAUCAAGGUGACCUUCUCUUCUCUGGACGUCCAUCUUCACACCGAGGCUCUUCUAAACACCAUGAACUUCCUGGACAAUCUCCUGCCCACAAAGACGUCCGUUCAAAAGGAGGCGGGCCCAGAGGAGCUGCCCACCAUCCCCGAGGAGGACGAGGGCGAAGGGGAGAAGGAGGAGGAGAAGGGGGAGGAGAAGGAGGAGGAGAAGAAGGAGGCGGCGCUCGUCAGGAGGCCAAGUGUGAAGAAGUCAAAGUUUGGUGACAUUGUGAGUCUGCACAUCAGAGCCGACCUCCGCUGCCUCAAAGUUUUCAUCCGAGGACAGAAAGCCCGAAUCUCAGAGAUCAGUAUUGAAGGCCUGGUGUCCGAGGUCCUGAUGAGGAAAAAGGAGAUGGAGAUUCUGGCUCAUUUGAAGAACAUCGUCAUUCUGGACUGUGACAAAGACGCGUUGUACAAAAAGGCCGUGUCCAUUGUGGAUAAGGAGGUGUUUCACUUCCGCAUGGUGAACUACACCUGUGCCACUGACGGAGACGCGUACCUGGACAUGUCUAAAGUGGACACCUCCGUCACGCUCAACGUGGGCUGCAUCCAAGUCGUCUUCCUCAACAAGUUCCUCUCCUCCAUCCUGGCUUUCAUCAAUAACUUCCAGGAGGCGAAGGCGGCGCUGGCGGAGGUGACGGUGCAGGCCGCGGAGAAGGCGGCGUCCGGGGUGAAGGAGCUCGCCGAGCGCAGCACGCGCAUCUCUCUGAACGUGCACUUUAACGCUCCCGUCAUCUUCCUCCCUCAGUCCUCCUCUUCCUCAAACGUCAUCGUGGCAGAUCUGGGCCUCCUCUCCGUCAAAAACCGCUUCGUCACGCAGCCGUUCAAAUCCAACGCCAAGAUCCCCCCGGUGGUCGACAUCAUGAAAGUGAAACUGACCGACCUCAAGAUGUUCAGAACGACGUACAAAAACGAUAAGUUCCAGGGGGAGACUCAGCUCCUGAUGCCCGUGAGUCUGGACCUGGAGAUUCUGAGAAACCUGUCGUCAAACUGGUACCACAACAUCCCCGACAUCGAGAUCAUCGCACACCUCAAACCCAUGAGCCUGAUGUUGAGUCAGGACGACUUGACCGUGGUGUUGAGGACUCUGAAUGAAAACCUGUCUGAGAAGUCGGAGCUCGGUGGCCCCCCAGAAGCUCCACCCACUACUGACCCCACUGACCCCUCUGACCCCUCUGACCCCUCGUCUGAGACCUCCACCCGCGGGUCAGGCACGUCUCCACCCAGCCAAAAUAACACCGUGGUGACCUCUGCUGUGGUCGAGGCUCAGACAAACGUCAAACACAAGACGACGCUCAAGUUAGACUUCAAGUUUGACUCCAUGACCCUGGUCCUGUUCACUCCAAACGGAAACGAGGCUCAUCUACUGGACUCUCACGACGAGCAGCUCAAACUGGCCGAGUUCACUCUCGGCACCAUCUCCACCUCGGUCCACAUGUUCUCCGACAGCUGCAUGAAGGCCCUGGUGCAGCUCGCGGCCUGUUUCCUGGACGACAAGAGACCCAACAUCAAGAUGGUCACGUCCAGGAUGAUGGCGCUGCGUCCGGGGGCAGAGCAGAACAUGAUGGUAGAGGUGAAGUAUCGUCAGGGCAGAGAGGGGACAGUCCUGGACACUCUGGUGCAGGACAUUUACCUCUGUGCUAGCAUGGAGUUCCUGCUAACGGUGGCUAACAUCUUCCUGACGGCGUCACAGCAGGGCUUCAGUCAGGCUCCUCAGAACAAGAGCAACGCCGCAGAGAAGAAGAACCCCUCCUCUGUGGCGUCCACCUCGUCCCCUCCUCCUCCUGCCCCUGUGUCUAAGACGGAGAUGAACGUCGUAGUGAGAAACCCCGAGAUCGUGUUUGUGGCCGACCUGAGCCGCGGCGACGCCCCCGCCCUCGUCAUGACGACGCAGUGCGAGCUCACGAUGAAGAGCAGCGCCGACGGCUCACGCAUGACCGCCGGGAUCAACGACCUCAAGGUGGUGGCGUGUCCGUUCCUCAGAGAGAAGAGGAAAAACAACGUGACGACCGUCCUGCAGCCGUGUCAGGUGUUUUUCCAGAGCUCCCAGACUCCUCACACGCCGCAGGUCAUGGAGAUCUCCAUCAACGCCCUCACACUCAAGGUCUCUCCCAUCAUCAUAAACACAGUGAUCACCAUCCAGUCUGCGCUGACCCCGACCCCAGAGACCCCCGAGGAGCAGGACAGCCCCGUGCCCGUCGACCUGUGGGAGCGCCGCAGCUGGAGGGACCUCAAACUCUGGUUCCUGGAGGAAGAACGCGACGACGACCAACAACAGCAAGCUCCACUCAUCCCGUCUGGAGAGUCUCUGCAGAUGAGCAUUAAGUCGAUCUGUCUGACGCUGGAGGCCGGCGUGGGACACAGGACGGUGCCCAUGCUCCUCGCCAAGUCCUCUUUCCACGGAGACGUCACCAACUGGUCCACCCUCAUCAACCUCCACAGCGCCCUCAAUCUGGAGGUUCACUAUUAUAAUGAGAUGUUGGGAGUGUGGGAGCCUCUGGUGGAGCCGUUAGAAGACGAGAAGAAAGACGGAUUUAAGCCCUGGACCCUGGAGCUCAAGAUGAAGAAGAAGCCGGCAAAGCACUCGGGGAUUUCAGACGAGGUGGAUUAUAUCGUCCCUGAUUAUAAAACCGUCAUCGUGAUCAGCAGCAAAGACCAACUCAACAUCACUCUGUCAAAGUGUGGACUGGCCAUGCUCAGCAACCUGGGCACGGCGUUCGCGGAGGCGGCUAAGCAGACGGCCGAGUGCUUUCAGAAGGACGAGGCGCCGUUCGUGGUGAAGAAUCGUCUGGGGCUCCCUGUGUCCGUGCGCUACAGUGAGAUGUUCUGUCCCAUCGGCCUGGAGACCCCCAACCGCACCGUGGAACUGCAGGACGGGGGCGCUCUAGGCAUGGACUACUCUGUGACCACCGACUCUGACCAGUUCACCGCCAUGAUCUCUCUGAGCAGGAAGGACUACUACAUACAGCCCACUCCAGUGGGCCACACCUCCACCAGUGUCAUCCCUCUGAUCAAAGUGGGCCGGGGCAUGUACAGUGUGGUCCACAGAGACUCAGGAGUCACACGCUUCCUCGUCUGUCAGAUCUACUCUGUGGAGGGCAGCAAGUACGUCAAGAUCCGAUCACCUUUCCAGAUCAUAAAUCACUUCUCGAUCCCAUUCAAAGUUUUUGAAGGAACGACGUUUCUCGGGACAGCGCUCCCCACAGAGGAGUUCUGUGUGCCCUUGGACUCAUAUCGGUCAGAGUUGAGUCUGCAGCCUGUGACAGGGGCGGAGGAGGUGGAGGAGGAGGCGGAGUUCUGCUGCUCCGAGGGCUUCAGUUAUGAGGACCUGAGUAACCAGGCUCCAGAGCAGAGGAUCCAGCAGACGUGUCAGCACCGCACCAUCCAGAGCCGGGUGCUGACGGUGAACAUGGUCCCUCAGAAGGACACCGUGUCCUGCACUUACACCGGAGGAGCCGGGGAGAACUUCGACGUGCCCUUUGUCCUCCACCUGUGGCCCUCCAUCCUGCUGAGGAACCUGCUGCCCUACCCCAUCACGUACAGACUCAAGGACGAUGAAGAGGCGCCCCCUGCUGCCUCCCUGGAGCCAGGACACUCGGCUCAGCUCCACACGGCCGUCAUCAACCGGUCCAGUCUGGACCUGUGCCUCAUCAACUACCUGGCCCAGGACUGGGCCUCAGAGUACAGCCUCUGUAGUGACCAGGAGGAGAUCACGUUCGUGGUGUUUAAGUCUCUGCGUGAGGAGGAGGACGUGAGCGACGGAGCGGAGAUGAAGAGGGCGGAGCUCGACAUCGCGGUGCACGUGAGCUACGACCUGGGCCAGACCGUGGUGGCUAUUCACUCCCCCUACUGGAUGAUCAACAAAACGGGCCGCCUGCUGCAGUACAAGGCCGACGACAUCCACCGCAAACACCCCAUGGACUACGACAUGCCCCUGCUCUUCUCCUUCAAACCACGAUACUUCUUCAGGAACAACAAGGUGCGUCUGAUGAUCUCGGACAGUGAACUCUCCGACGACUUUUCUCUGGACACGGUCGGGAGCCACGGGGAGGUCAAGUGCAAAGGCCGAUACAAGGACUACCUGGUCGGAGUGAAGAUCGACGCCACCAGUUUCAGCCUGACCCGGAUCGUGACCUUCGUGCCCUUUUACACUCUGAUGAACAGGACCAAGCACAGCGUGUUCAUCUGUGAGGAGGAGCUGGACAACUGGACCGAAGCUCAGCCCGGACAGGUUGAGGGUUGUGUCUGCCUAAAGUGUCCCUCCUCCAGCCGCUCUGAGGCAGAGAGCUCACAGCCCCAAGAGGAGCCCACACACAUAUGCAUAGGGUCUGAGCAGUCUGCAGUUCCUUUUUGGCCUGAAAACGACACAAAGAGGCUGAAGAUUAAAGUAGAGGGUUUGUCUCCACCUCAGAUCAUCGACUUCACCCGACCUGAGAACUGCCUCCUGUUGCACCUCGACAACUCUAUGGGCGGGAUCAUCGUGGACGUGAACCUAUCAGAACACUCAGCCACGAUCCGCUUCUCUGAGUACCACGAAGGAGCCGCUCCCUUCCUCAUCAUCAACCACACCAAGGAUCAAACUCUGUUUUUCAACCAGAGUGCUAAGCGUGAGCCACAGUGGGUCGCCGAUGAGCUCCUCGACCUGCCCGACCUGCCCGACCUGCCCUUCUCUGACAGGGACAGUUCUCAGGUGGAGGCUGAGCUGGAGGAGCUGGAGGCGGGGAAGGCCGUGUACUACACCUGGACCGAGCCCACCGGGUCCAGGGAGCUGUGCUGGAAGUGUGGCCCCUACAGCGGCAAACUGGAGAGUGUCAAGGACCAUAAGGAGGACAUGAACAAAGACGGGAAGCUCUUUGUGGUGUCGUUUUAUGAAGGCCUGCAGAGGGUGGUGCUGUUCACAGAGGAGAGAUCCAUCUUCCAGCUGCUGUCGGAGAGCGAGAAGGCUCAGCUGGCCGAACAGGAAAUGGUCCUGUCUCUACAGAGCGUGGGCGUGUCCCUGGUCAACAACUCCUCGGGACAGGAGGUGUCCUUCAUCGGCAUCACCAGCUCUGACGUGGUUUGGGAGCACAACCCCAAAAAGAAGAAGGAUCGUUGGAAAACUCUGAGCAUCAAAGACGCAGAGAUCCUGGAGAGCAGUUAUCAGACGUACCUCUCCACAGAGCCGGUCGACCACCUCCUCACCGACCUGGAGAACAACUUCAAGGUCUCCUUCACUCCCAACGGUGUGGACAUGAGGAUGCUGCAGCCCACUGACGCCCCCUUGAGGAGACACUUCCUCCCUGGAGUGAAGAUUGAGUACAGCGUGUCCCCGAGACAGAGGUCGUACCGCGUCCAGAUCCACCACAUACAGAUCCAGAACCAGUUGCCAGGAGCCAUCUUCCCGUACGUGUUCUACCCAGUCAAACUGCCCAAGUCCAUCGUCAUGGAGGCAGAACCAAAGCCUUUGACUGACAUCAGCAUCGUGACCAGAGCAGCCGGACACUCCGACAUCUCCAGAAUCAAGUAUUUCGUGGUGUUGAUUCAGGAGAUGGACCUUAAAGUGGACCUGGGUUUCCUGUACGCCAUCUUGGACCUGUUCACUCCGGAGAACGCCAGCGCUGUCACCACGGAGCAGGAGGUGGAGCUGUUUGAGAAGGACAUCGAGUACAUAAAAGCUGAGCUGAACCACGGCUCGGCUGCAGAUAACUCUCCCGUCAGUCUGUUCGAGUUCUUCCACAUCUCUCCCAUCAAGAUGCACCUGAGCUUCUCUUUGAGCACUGGAGGAGAGGACGGUCUGAAGGAGAAGAGGGACAAAGAGCUGAUCCCAGUGCAGAGUCUGAACCUGCUGCUGAAGAGUAUUGGAGCCACGCUGACCGACGUGCAGGACGUGGUCUUUAAACUGGCCUUUUUUGAGCUGAAGUUCAUGUUCUGUACGACACAGCAGCUGCAGUGGGAGGUCAUCAGACACUACUCUAAACAGGCGAUAAAGCAGAUGUACGUCCUGGUGCUGGGCCUGGACGUCCUGGGGAACCCGUUUGGUUUGAUCCGGGGUCUGUCCGAGGGCGUGGAGGCGUUCUUCUAUGAGCCGUGGCAGGGAGCGAUCCAGGGGCCGGAGGAGUUUGUGGAGGGCAUGGCUCUGGGGGUCAAGGCCCUGGUGGGAGGAGCUGUCGGGGGCCUCGCCGGAGCUGCCUCCAGGAUCACAGGGGCCAUGGCCAAAGGUGUCGCAGCCAUCACCAUGGACGAAGAGUACCAACAAAAGAGACGAGAGGCCAUGAACAAACAGCCCAGCGGUCUGAGAGAGGGGCUGGCACGAGGCGGCAAGGGGCUUGUGUCUGGCUUUGUGAGCGGGAUCACAGGAAUUGUCACUAAACCCAUCAAAGGUGCUCAGAAAGAGGGCGCCGCGGGCUUCUUUAAGGGCGUUGGUAAAGGGCUGGUGGGAGCUGUGGCCCGUCCCACCGGAGGCAUCAUCGACAUGGCCAGCAGCACCUUCCAAGGCAUCAAGAGAGCUGCAGAGACGUCCCAGGACGUUGAGUCUCUGCGUCCCCCACGCUUCAUCCACGAGGACGGGGUCAUACGCCCGUAUAAGGAGAGGGAGGGGCUGGGCAGUCAGAUGCUCCAGAAAAUAGAAAAUGGGCGUUUUGCUAAGUACAGGUAUUUCGCCCACGCCAAGGUCAACGACUCGGACUUCCUCAUGAUCACAAAGAGGGGCAUCUUCUUCGUGACAAAGGGCACGUUCGGGCAGCUGACGUGUGAGUGGCAGUAUCUGUUUGAGGAGUUCACCAAAGAACCGAUGAUCGUAGAAGAUCGAAGACUCCGCAUCGAAGCCAAGGAAAGAGUCAAGUCUGUGUUUCACGCCAAGGAGUUUGGGAAGAUCAUCAACUUCAGGACCCCGGAGAUCGCCAAGUGGGUUCUUGCCAAACUGGAGGACGCCAGAGAAAGUUUACCUAAAUACUGACCCCUAGUGGCCAACUCCCUCAGUGCCUUUGUCUCCUGUAGCGCCACCUGGAGGACUGUAUAUGGAACACGUGUGCAUGCCUGAUAACCAAGUGCUUUAUGAAAUCAAUAUUUACAUUACAAACCCUUUUCUGUGUGUACGUCUCAUUAGGUUUGUCCUCGUUUACACACUGAUGCUGCUAAGAACCGUGUAAGAACCGUGUAAGAACCGUGUAAGAACCGUGUAAGAACCGUGUAAGAACCGUGUAAGAACGCCAUAAGAAUGCUCGCGUCUAUUUUACCAAAUUAAGAGUUUUAUUUACUCAGUUACAUUUAAAGGCGUCGUACCUGUUUUUUACGAGCGUUUGUAAGAGCUUUUCUCCACUUUCAGAGCCAGAGGUGAGUGGUAAAGCAACAAGUAGCAUGCUACCGCGCACUUCCUCAUUAUCUAAGGAAAAAAUUUGUUCUAAUUAGACCUGUCGAUAAACGAUAAUAGUGAAAUCAAACCAAUUAAAAUGAUCCUCCGACAGUCGCCCUCCAGCUCAGAUCUCGCCUUGGACGCAGAAGUGCACGGUGGACACAAUGUGCUCAGAUAAUACAGUAUAUUUAUACACUUUCUCAAAUACAUGUGGAAAAAUCUGUUACAGACUUUUAAUCCAGAGAAAAGAGCUUAACGACCAAAUGAGCCAUAAGUACUGUGUUUCCUGCCAUCAUGUGUCAUUCAUCUACACACAGAAUACUACUACUACACACAGAAUACUACUACUACUACUACUACUACACAGCUCAUAGAGUGGGCUCAGCUGCAUGUUUUUAUACAGUCUGAUGUUAAACGUCAUGUUCUAAAGAUGUUUCCUCGUCACAAACAGACCUGGAGUUGUGUUUUGUUUCAUUCUCACAUGUUUGAGUCACUUUAUUAUUAGUCUGUCACAUCUACAAAGAUCAAAAUGCGACGUUCCACCUUGUGAUGUCAUCAAGUGGGAGUUUUCAAGUGAACUCCUCCUUUUACCUUUAGUUCAGUCGAGAUAAGAGACAACUCCAGGACUGAAAUGAUCCAAAUGAUUCUAGUGAAGGUGGAGUUUAAAAACACAGUGGAGCACUUCCUGUAUCACCACAUGAUGACAUCACAAGGUGGAACAGAGUGUUUUCAGUUUGAGAGAAGAACUUUGUGUGUUAAAUGUGUCUGAAUGAAACAAAACACAACUCCAGGUCUGUGUGUGACGAAACGACAUCAGAACAGACCAGAAAUCAGUGUAAUAUGGGCCGUUUAUAUGGGCCCUUUAAGGUAAUAUGGGCCGUUUAUAUGGGCCCUUUAAGGUAAUAUGGGCCCUUUAAGGUAAUAUGGGCCGUUUAAAUGACUUGUUAUUUGUAAAUAUAUCUAUGAGCAGUAAUAUCUGUAUAAAGGAGGAUUUUUAUGUUUUUAUACCACGAUUAUGCAAUGCCAAGUCCUGCACAAAGCAAAAAUGUAUUUAACAAAACAAAUGAUCAAUGUGUUUAAAAAGUGACACACGGCUGUUAAUGUUUCUGUUUCUUUUGGGUCAUAUCUGUCGGAGGUGGGCCACGCUCUCACACGAGCCGUGGUUUAAACACAACCAUCAGAGACACAAAAUUAAAGGUUCACUGUGUAACUUUUCUGGUGUGUGGGUGGGGUCUGCGGUGCGCUCGUCUCCAUGGAGAUAUUAAUGCUUUACCUGGGCUGUUCCACGUUGCGCCUUUUAAACUAAAACGGCAAAUCAAACUGAGUAAAGGUACACGAGUUUAACGCCUCACUGUGGAACAUUCCUGGCAAAGCAGAAACAUCUCCAUGGAGACGAGCAGGUGGCGGACGCCUAAUCAGAAAAGUUACACAGUGUGGCUUUAACCGCAGAAGAAAACAAGGACAGAUCCCCUGAUGCUCUUGUUUAAAAUGGUACAGUUUUCUAUUUUAAAGGUUUACGCUUGAUUCCAUGGAAACAGAAAGUUAAAACCACACUUCGGAACAUUCUCAGUGGACAGAGACACAUUUUAGACCAGACUGUUUAAGAUUAUAGUCAAAAGAAGAGCAUUUCCAUGGAAACAAGCAGGAGGCCAAGUAAGAGUCGGGUUUGUGGAGAUGUGAGGCGCAGGUUUUUGUUUUUCAGUGCAGGAAAAACAACCUACAUUUCAAAAUCUGCUGUUAUUUUUUGGUUGAAAAGUUACCUACUGUGGCUUUAACAUAUAUUUUGGGGCAGCUUUCUUACUAUUUUAACUUUGCCGCAUUUUUGAUGUUUAAAAUCUGCCGUAGAGCGUGGCCCACCUCGCUCCGCCGUCACUCACUGCCGGAUCAAACCGCGAUGGGUUUUUCUCUCAACUUUCAACAAAAAUAAAGGUG